UCUCUCUCUCUCAAAAUAUCUCCCAACACAAAACACCAUCUCUCACCACUCCAUUUGACACAAAGAAUCUCACAAAAAACACACUCAAAUAGUACCCCAUCAUGAUCAACAAGAAGAGGAACCAAUGAACAAAAUCCUCCUCCUCCUCUUCUUCUUCUUCUUCUUCUUCUCUUCUUCUUGCACCAUCUCCUGCUGAGCUCUCUGUUUCCCUUCUUUCUCUCUCUCUCUCUCUCUCUCUCUCUCACGCGCGCGAACCCUAAAGGAAUCAAGAAUCAACGAUGACCCUGGAUGAGUCGCUAAGAUCUCUUUCGUUGGACUACCUGAACCUUCUGAUCAACGGCCAAGCGUUCAGCGACGUAACCUUCAGCGUAGAGGGUCGUCUAGUCCACGCCCACCGAUGCAUCCUCGCAGCGCGGAGCCUCUUCUUUAGGAAAUUCUUUUGCGGGCCCGACCCGCCGACCGGGCUGGACCCAGCGGGUUCCAGAAUCAACCCUGCCGUGUCGCCGGGAUCGAGGCCGGGCGUGAUACCGGUUAACUCGGUGGGCUACGAGGUGUUCUUGCUGCUGCUGCAGUUCUUGUACAGUGGCCAAGUCACUAUUGUGCCUCAGAAACAUGAGCCCAGGCCUAAUUGUGGGGAGAGAGGCUGCUGGCACACGCAUUGCACCUCAGCCGUUGAUCUCGCCCUUGACACUCUUGCUGCCGCUAGAUCCUUUGGUGUUGAACAGCUCGCAUUGCUCACUCAGAAACAAUUGGCAAGCAUGGUGGAGAAGGCCUCAAUUGAAGAUGUAAUGAAAGUUCUCCUCGCUUCAAGAAAACAAGACAUGCACCAGCUCUGGUCCACAUGUUCCCAUCUCGUUGCAAAAUCUGGCCUCCCUCCAGAAGUCUUAGCCAAGCACCUCCCCAUCGAUAUCGUAGCAAAGAUUGAAGAGCUCCGCCUCAAGUCCUCUCUCGCCCGCCGCUCCCUCAUGCCGCACCACCACCACCACCACCACGAUAUCGGGGCGGCCGCCGAUCUCGAAGACCAAAAGAUUCGUCGAAUGAGACGAGCCCUCGACUCCUCCGAUGUCGAACUCGUCAAGCUUAUGGUCAUGGGAGAAGGCCUAAAUCUCGACGAAGCCUUAGCUUUACACUACGCUGUAGAAAGUUGUAGCCGAGAAGUCGUGAAAGCCCUCCUUGAGCUCGGCGCAGCGGAUGUUAACUACCCGGCUGGCCCCGCCGGGAAGACCCCGCUCCACCUGGCAGCCGAGAUGGUGUCGCCCGACAUGGUGGCGGUCCUCCUCGACCACCAUGCUGACCCGAAUGUCCGAACCGUUGAUGGGGUUACUCCGCUGGACGUACUCCGAACCCUAACAUCAGAUUUCCUCUUCAAAGGAGCCGUGCCGGGGCUAACACAUAUCGAGCCAAACAAGCUUAGGCUUUGCCUCGAGCUGGUUCAAUCGGCGGCGCUGGUUCUUUCCCGUGAAGAAGGCAAUAAUAAUGCAAAUGCUCCUUCUUCCACCACCAUAUAUCCGCCGAUGAGCGACGAUCAUAGCAGCGGCAGCAGCGGGAACAACAUGGGGAAUCUUAAUCUUGAUUCGAGGCUGGUUUAUCUCAAUCUGGGCGCGACGGGUUCGGGUCAAAUGGGUGGAGGAGCAAGAUCAAUGGAUGGAGAUGAAGAUAGUAGCCACAAUAGCCAAAGGGAUCAUCAUCAUCAUCAUCAUCAUCAUGUCAUGAAUAGGCAUGGAUCACAAGGUGGCUGUGAUCCAACAAUGCUUUUCAAUGAUCAUAAUAUGAAGUUCAGUUUCAUUGGAGAUGGGAGAUGAGAUGAGAUGAGAUGAGAUGAGACAAGGAGGAUCUGAGAUUUUGCUACCGAGGAUUAUACAUGAAGGAGGAGAGACGCAGGUCAAUCUUUUCACACCCGGCCUGUCAACUCCCUUGUAUUUAUUGCUCUACAUCUAAUAUCAUCGCCUAUUUAUUGUGA